CGCUCUGUCUGCUUCUUUUGUUUCAGCCGCGGAGGGCCUAGUGUAGCCCUGGCCUAGCUCGCGACAGACCGGCGAUAAGGCGCAGACAGAAGCGUUUAGGUCUCCGUCCUGCCUCCGUGAAGUCCGCGGUGUUCCCAACAGUUUGUAUAUCUCCAUGUCAGAAUUCGGGGUCGCCUGGCCGCUUUUGAACCUAGCGCACACUUUGUCCAGGAAGCCCUACCGCUGAAGAGCCGGGACUGAUGCUGGGUUUUUAAACAGCCCCACACUGUUCCCACGCCGCUGUCAGCAGCCCGAGUGUCCGGCAGCCGCGCCGGGUGCAACAGAGAGAGCUGAUAUGGACCCCCCUCCUUCCAGCCAGUCAGAUGGUUUACAUCCUCAGCAAGACCUGGCCCCCUGCAGUAUCUCCUCGGUCUAUGACCUGACGAUGAAACACAAAGACAGCCUGUUGAAGAACAGCCCAAUGGAAGCCUUACACGUGGUCAGUGCUCCCAGCUGGUACAGCAUCAAUUCAGGCAGCAAAGGGGUCUUCCAGGAAAACAGCUCCGAGCGUGCGCCGCACCCAAGCGAUCAAAUCCAGCCCGACGAUGCCUUUUCGAACACCACGGUCACGCUGUCGUACGUGAGCCGGUCUCACGUGUUUACCCCUCGCGAUUCUCUGUCGCCCCUUCCCCAGCUGCGCGGCCCUCCGGUCCACCAGAAGCUUUCCUGUCUCUCUCCCAAGUGUGAACCCGGGGCUCUGGUCUCGCAGGGCGAGGCGGACUCUAAGGAAGACUGGGAGGCUGACGGCCGCCUCUGUGCGGCGGGUGAAUGCCAGGUUCUGCAGAACAGCGCGAGGCCGGCGGGUGGAGCUCAGGUAGAGCAGACCACCGGGGCGGCGACAAACACUCCUGCGCAUGAGUGUGGAAAGGGCGCUGCCCCCACGGAGCUGGCGCGUGGGCAGAACGGGAGGAUGGACGUGGGGCCGUUGGACGUGGCGGAGCUCCAGCCACAGCUUGGAGACCGCUGCCCCGAGGGCACGCUGUCCCCGAAAAAAGACGAGGGUGGCCACAUGCACAAUGGUACUGACAGUGCGUCACCGGAUGUAGGGAUCUGUGAGGAAAAGGUGGAAGAGAUCCAAGCUGGAGUGCACAUGAAGGGGGAGAAAAACCUGUGCAACUCUGAGGUGUUAGUUGUGAUUUCAAGGACUGAAGAGCCUGUAGUUUCGCAAGACAGUCCGAGCUGUAGAAAUGUGUUGCGUAGUCCUGCAAAUGGGGAAUACCAUAGUCCUUUAGAAGAAGACUGGUCCCCUGCUACCUCUCAGGAUAAGAUGGAAGAUAUUACUGUCUUUCCCCAGACGCUGAAUUCUCCCAGCUUUGAGAAUUCAUCAGUGGACGGAGCUGCUGACACAGUGGAGGAGAGUGUAGGAGAAGGGGAGUUGAGUGCUGAUCCUGCUGAGACUGAAUCUACUGUAGCCUGUGUGGAGAGCUUGACUGCUGCGCAGGACAGAUGUAGCAAGAAAAGUGAAGUGACUGAAGAUCUGGCCAUCGCUAAUGGGGUACAGGCGCUGCCAGACAGUAUAGCGGAGCUGCCUGGGGAGCUGUCGAACCUUUGCGGUGAGCCGUCAGAAAUUAGUUCUGAAAGCGACGGAAGGGGGUGUGUUAAUCAGCAAACAUCUGGAGAGUUCUUGCUGAAUGGCAACGUCUUGGCCGAGGAGAGAUUGUUCGCGAGGAAAAAACUUCCUCCUCGUUCCCAGAGGGGAAGAAGGUUGGAGGAGAUUGUGCAAAACAUUACCCCAUCGAGGCAUAAAGCAUCUGCUAACUUCCAUUCCACUAAAAAAAAUUCCGGUUCAAAACCUCUGACCACAGAAACACAUCAGGAAGACCAGGUAAGUUUACAUGAGGAUGUCUUGGAAUCUGACACGAGCCAAGAUGGCCAAGAGAAGUUACCUGGCCCAGAAGAAGAGCCCUGUCUAAAUGCAGCAGCCUCACAGAAGGACAGUCCUGACAAAGCUGGUGCAGACAGGCUCAAAAGCAAGAAGUCUACCUCAGAUCAGAAACACAGAAAUGUCUCCAUAUCUCUGCGCAGUGGUGUGAAUUCACGCGAGUCCCCUGCCCACACGCCCAAAGUGGUGAGGGAAAGGAGGGGUCAAUUCGAUCGGACACACUCCCCCGAAAAACAGAACCUCAGAGCCUUGCCUAAGCUGAAGGCAUGUCAGAAGAAUCCCCCAGUGCUCCCUAAAAAUUCACCGGGCAGCAAGAAAACGGCUUCUGCAAGGAAAACGCGUGUCACCAAGCGGAAGAGGAAGAAACGCAAAAUGGGGCAGUCCUCCAUGUUUUCUCCAAAAGAGCCUGAGAUCAAGCUGAAGUACGUUAACUAUAAAGAGGAGAAAAGGGACGUGAAAACGGACAGUUUCUCUCCUUAUAUACGGCUGGAAUUUAAAGAAUAUGCCACGUGCACAGUCAUCAACUACCCCGAGGAGGAGAAAGUGCGGCUUAAGAAAGGAAGAGCGCAGACAGGCCCAGCUUUCAUCUCUGGCGCUGUUCCCACCACCUCUUGCCUGCUCUUGGGCCGUUUGAACAGUGACUGGAAGUGGCGCAGCCACCUGGUCUGCUGCCUGUGCGGCAAAUCUGCCAACACGAUGGACCUGGGAGAUCUGCACGGACCCUACUACCCCGAGGGCUUCAAACCGUCCCCAAAGCCCCGCACCGGGUUGCAGAGCCUCAAGGAUGACGACCUCAGCGACUCGGACUCCUCGUGCAGCGCCAGGGGAAGGAAGCGGAGCCAGGCUGCCGAAUCCUCGACCGCCAGGCUCCUCCGAGGGGCUCAGUCCUCGAAGCGCCGCAGGUGGGCUAGCGACGGCGACUGCGUGCGCAGCCCAGUGGCAAAAAAGCCAAAGACGGACUCCAGCGCCGAAGACUGGUACAGCCCUCCUGUGGUCCCGUUGGACACCCGCGAGUACUGGCUUCACGAGGACUGUGGGAUAUGGGCCGCGGGCGUCUACCUGGUGAAAGGAAAGCUCUAUGGGUUAGAAGAGGCUGCAAAGCUUGCGCAAGAAACGGUGUGUUCCUUAUGCCAUCGAACAGGCGCCACCUUGGGCUGCUUCUUCAAAGGGUGUCCGAGCAAAUAUCACUACACUUGUGCAGCUCAGUCAGAUUGUGUUCUCAACGAAGAAAACUUCUCAAUGAAAUGUACAAAGCACAAGAACAAAUCCUUCAAAGGGUCUGCUUCUGUGAACAGACUGGAAAGCAGGUGAUGAAGUCAAGCAAAGGAGAAGCUAUGCAAGAUAAACUCCAUCUCUGUGACAGUCUGCAGGCGAAGUCCUCUCCAGUGGCUGCCAAUGAAUUUGACAGUAUAGAAAGAAUGUUCUUAGGUUGGGUUGCGAGGGUUUGGUUGAAUGCAAACACCUACAGACCUUAAUUCAGACUUUUUCCCUUCACGGCUGGCUACUCGAACAGGGCGAACGUGGCUUUUGGAAUUGUCUCCAGCCUUAGGAGAAGUCGACUUUCCUGAAUGAUAACUUUUCCAAAAAUAAAUUGGUGGUACAUUUCCUUUGGGUGGGUGGUGGAUUUUGUUCCCAGUUUUGAAAUGAACUGAAAAGAAGGGAAUAUAUGCUGCCCAAACAUCAGUUGUUAAAAUUGAUAUAUUAAGUCCUUGGAUUUUGAAUACUGCCUGAAAAAAGUUAAGGCACCAUGAAUGAUAAGAUGCUUGGCCCAGGCAGACAUCAUGCACAAUGCUUUUUAAAUUUAGCUCUUUAUUUUGUGUUAGUAGACAUGCUGUCAUAUGAAAUUGCUGUAAGAGCUGUAAAUAAUCCCUCUCUGAGAUUUCUUAAGCUGAAAUGUAUUUUAAUUAAAGGAAAAUCACUUAGCUCUGGAUAUUAGUAAGUCUGAUGUAGAAUUAUUUAUUAGGUUUAUUUAUGUUUUUUAUUUGUGUCCUUAAUUUGCAGUGAUAGGUUAAAUGUACAAGUUUAAAAGCGGGUUUUCUUUAAAAAAAAAAAAAAGACUGAAACCAAGAAUAUUUCUUUGAACUGAUUUGGGCUCUCCAUUGUUACAGUGUAAAACCUGGUUAUAAUAUCAGAGUUGAUUCCUGCUGCUUAAUCUGAAAACUAUGAAUUUCAGCCCUUCCAAUAGCCUUAGUGCAAUUGUGCCUUGACUCUUUACUCAGUUAGGUGUCAUUCUGGUAUGUCACUGUUGAAAUGUAUUGCCUCAGAUUCCUUAGAAGAUAGAGGUUAGAGUUUUAGCUCUUAGGCAUGUUUAUAUUUUGAGUGUUUCUUUUAGCAUUUAUGGAAGUUUGUAAAGCUAAGUGCUGUAGUAAACAUUGGGAUGUCAGUUCUUAAUUAAUAGGAAAUCUACCUCUUCACCUGCAGGUAGAAAUAUUAUAGAUCAGUGUUAACACGGUCAAUCAGGAGACUGUAAAUUGGACAUUUAACAAUUUGGAUAUUAUACAUCCCAUUCUUCUUUUUCUAAUAAGCUUUUUUACUUAAAACUUACAACAAAGACAAAUGGUGCUGAUCUGCAAGAAAAACUUGUUGAAUGUCUUAGGACACCCUGCAGAAGAAAUAAUUGCUUUAAAUAGGAGGAAUAUUUAGGAAUUUUGACAUUCCAAUUUCCCUGUCAAUUUCCCUGCAUCUGAUGAGGAAAGCAACCUGGGUUUUAACUACACUGACAAUGGGAGGUAUUUGGCCUGAAGUGCUGGAUGUUGGUUCUCUCCGUAGGGAAGGUCUCCCGUAAGUUUUGUAUUAUUUCUUAUAAUUGCCCCUUAGAAAUAGUCGCUUCCAUCUUUGCCUCUCCACUUUUGCUAUGGACGUGUGAGAGAUGUCAAGAAUCCUUACUACAAGAGGCUAGCUAGCUGCAGCCCUCUUUUUAAUAACUUAUCAUAUGCAAAAGGAUCGAAAACAUUCAUGUCACACUAAUUUAGACAUUAGAUCUUACCAUGAUUUCAUAAUUAGAAUUAUGUUUUUCUUAGGCAAUUAAUAUAGUUGAAUGAAAAUGUUUAGAUUACCAAAUUGCAAAGCCCAGUGAUAAGAUGGUAGGUUUUAUUUUGGCAGAAGGUCAAAGCCCUGAUGGAAACUGAGUUAGCAACCAUUACGGUGUGUGUCAAUUACAAAUAGUGUGCAGAUUCUAAAUUGGAUUUAAUCCAUUCCUGUUUCAGCGGGAAUUCUCUGAAAGGGAUUUUUUAUAUUAAAGAAAAUCUUGGUUGGAAAGCUCUGCUUUGGUUUUGCUACCUUAGCUGCUUUGGUGCUUUCAAGCACUCCUUAUUUCCACUAGCCACUGACAAUGAUCUUAAAACAGUCUGGAUCCUAUUUUUGAAGAACAUUAGAGUGCUUUUGUAUCAACACUGACCAUGAAUUGUGUUUCUCAGUCUGUAAGUUGAACAUGGUACAGCAUGUCACUAGUUUUCACCACAUGCUGUAUUGAUUACUGGCAGGACUUACUUUUGUUUUCUCUUGUGAGCACAUCUUUAAAAAAAAUUGAUUGCCAGCAGGUCUGUAUUGUAUUCAAAACUUUUUUUAGCAUAGGGGAUUCUCUGAAAGCCAGCAAACAGUUCUGGGAGUUGAAAUCAGAUCACUCAGCCUGGGUGGCGGAUGGAAACAGGACAGUACUGUGCAAAAUAAAUUUUUUUUUUCUGUAAUUCUCAAUGCCGUUUUAUUUGAUUUUUCCUUUGUGCACAGUGAUGUCAAUACAUCCAUCCAUCAGGUGGAAACACUGCAACGCCAGGUUGGAAGAAGGGGUGUACAGCAGUAAUUCUGCUCUGUUUACCAAGGACAAAUUGAAAGUUAGCUGCAGUUCUCAGUGUCCUGUAACUGAGACGUCUCCAGCCUUACAGAAUAAUUUCGAUUUUGUUCACUCACCCCAGCAGUGAAAGCUGUAAACAACUGGUGCGGCUGCCAUUUUUGCUAAUAUUUUUGUAAGCAUGCACUUGAGCUCUGCUAGUGUAGGGAAACGUUGAUGGGAACUAGCCCCUAUGAGCUGUAGCUGAGCAUUUCUGCUGUGGCCCCAGGAAUACAAGCCAUGUGAAUUUUCCAGUUGUAAAUAAGUGGUUUACAUGCAGAGCAAUGUCUACAAAGCCCAAAGAAAGCAUUCAGAGCCACUGUGGAGUUGUUGCAGUAAUGUUUCUGAUAUUACUGCUUUUAUAAAAGUCUUGCAGCUUCUAGUGGUGUCAGGAGGUUUUCUUUCUAAAGCGUAACUCGUAGUUUGUUUUUGACCCCUUAUGAUGUAAUUCUGAGUCCAUGACUUACACCUAAAACCUGGUCAGUGCUCAGCCACAGACGUGGAUUGCUAGCCUACUUAUUUGGUCCUCUUAGAAUUGGUUCUGCCUGUGGACAGUCAGGGGGUGUUUGCAGGCUGGCUGCUAUUAGUCACAGAUCAUUCAUUCAUGCUGCAGCACCUGUUUCUGCAGGACUUGAUGAUAACUUCACAAUUGUUUUUAAUCGUGUAAGGAGGUUAGCUAGAACAUGUCAAUCAGUAAAAUGACACUUGAAGUAAUUUGGCCUAUGCUUGAAAGAUGAAAAAAUACAUAGAUAUUAUGGUUGUCUUUUUAUUUUUCACCCUUGACGGGGUUAUCAAUUUUAUAGUACUGUGCAGAAGUUUGGGUAAUUUCAUUAAAUGUAUAAAUGUGCUUUAAACAGAAUAGCAGAAUAAUGGUGUCAGAUGUGGUGAAAAGCUGUUUAAAGUGCAGAGUGGAAACUGGGAUUCUAAAAGAGCUGGAGUGAAUGUGGUUGAGGCCAGUGGAAGUACCUGGAGUUUGAAAGAAGAAAGAGGCGUCUUAACAGCCCAGACAUCCUAGUGGGAUAAGUAGUUCAAGUAGACACACACCCGAAGAAGGCUCCACAGCCAAAACAUUGUUUCCUUUCUUCUCUUUUCAGCAUGGAAUAAACCUUUCACUUGAUCCUAGUGGGAUACUGUACAGCAAGUUAAGUGUAAGAUUAAGUAUAAAAUAAGAUGGAGGCAAUCACACAGAAAAACAGGUGGACUUACAAAGCACUAAGCACAACAUUACAAAUUGUCACCAUAACAUGUUACAUAUAAUACUUGGAAAGCACAAAAACAUUAUAAAUAGAAUAACAUUUGCACAAUACAACAUAUCGGAAUCCAUUCUGGGACAAGAUGGCACAAACAGAUUUACAUUUAUGUUUGGUCUUAUUUGAAGUGUUGGAAAGGAAGUAUCCAUUUUUAGUAUUAUGUCAUUUCUUUUCAUUUGUUGUUCAAAUGGAAGUUAUUUCAGAUAAUUUAUUUUAGGGCCUGGGUAGUUUUCUUCAUUGGAAACAACAGGAAUAUCUUCAGCUUCGUAUCCCUUUCAGUCCACCUGGUGCUUGGGCUCAGCAUCCCCUCACAGAUACUACUUUUAUCUGGUUUAGGGAAAAAUGAACCUUUGUGUGCUACAUCUCAAGAUCUGAGAAGUAGCUGGCAGGUCAAGGUAGUUUCUAGUUUUCAUAGAAUCAUGCCUUAUCCAGAAUGUACUAAACUGUCAAGAGAGACAGGACAAAGGUGUGAUGACUUCAAAAGUAGAAGGCACUUCAAUUUAAGGACCCUUAUAAUCUAGAUGAGACUGCUUUCUCAGUACAGUGCAAAACCAGGAAACCAUCUUUGGCUUCUUGGAAAACGUUUAUGAAGAAACAUGACUGUUGCUGUUCCCAGCUCUAGGCAUAGGGUUAUGGUGGUUGUCAAUAUUUGUUCCUGCUGUAUCUGAGAAAGCAGCACAUACAGGUACCGAUAGAUGGGCAGCAAGACCCCCUUUCAUCUGUAUCUGUAACUCUUUUAAUUGUUUCAGUUUUGCAUUGCUUCAAACCAGUGAAAAAAACCUACAUUAACCCACUGUUGCCCUCCUAAUUAAUUAUUAAUGGAGUCCAUUAUCACUAACUGGCUUUUGUGCUACACAUUUUAAAGGGGUGAAAAACUGAUUAACAGUUUGGAUUAUAAAGGAUUUCAGGUAUUAUGAGGAAGCUCGGCCAAUGCAGUUGAAUUACUAAGCAUUAAGCACCAAAUAUGGAGGAGGUAAAAUGCAUGAACUGCCCAUGACAGUUCCAAUUGAUUGCAGCUUAUUUUUUAUGAGCAGGCCUCUGUUUAUGAAAUGUAUGAAUCACUUGGUGAGGGAUAUGUCACUGGAGCAUUCAUGAAGUAGGUAAAGAUGAUAUGAUUCUGUAGCUUCUGUUCAGUUUUGUUUAGGAAGUCUUAAUUUAUUCAGUAGCUGUCUUUUUGUCAUUACAAGUUGGGUAGUUUUAUAUUUUUAGUGAAGCACUAAAGAAUUGACAGCCAACGGUUCCAGUUGUCUCUCAAGUUCCUCGCUCUUUUUAUGUGGUCUUACAAGGGCUUGCCAGGUGUUUAACAGUCUUUUCUUGUGAGAAUCUGAAGGUUGAGCCCCAUAGUACAAAGGUAAUUUUGGCACCUUGUGUAACUUACUUCUCAAUUUAUUUUUUAUUCUGAGAUAUUGCUGAAUGUUCUUCAAUAAGAGGAUUCAACUAAGCAGUUUUAUUCUAACUGCACACUGGAAUUUUCCCCUUUAAAAAAAGCUUGAGAAUUUGCCGUUCAUAAGCUUUUUUUCCUGUCUGUAUAUAUAUUUUUUUCAGUGUCCUUUUGACUUGCAUAAUCGUUGUGCAAUGUUUGUAUUGAAAUGUUGAAGAUGUUGAGCACUUAUUCAGGUUUUUAUAUUCUCAGAUUUGAGUUUAAGAAGUGCUCUGACCUCAAAGGUAUCAGUUCUGCUACCUUCUCUGUUGUGAUCAUGUCCCUCUUUCAUCUUGUGGUCAAAUGGAGGGAUUUGAAAUAAAAGCAGACAUUUUGAAGAAUCUAAUUUUAAGGAUCUUACUCAGCUUUGCCAGAAGAGUUGAACUGAUUUGUGUAAACCCAUUUCUAUAUUUUUUUGCCAACACGUUGCUCAAGAUGUUCUAGUUCAAUUAAGUAGAUUUUUGGUUUCAUAUUAGUUUGGUUUAUCAGAGCAAUAUGAAAUCUUAGUAAAACCCACAAUCAACCUGUAUAAGAAAUUAAAACUGUUUCUCAGUGAAAUUGAACUGACAGUUUAAAGAUGAACUAGACUUUAAAAUAUUGUCAACUCCUGACUGUUCUGGAUUUUAAAUUGUUAGAUAACAAAAUGGUUAUUCCCUAAUUCAAAUGAAUACCUUCUCAUCAAGGGAAUUGAGCUUGUAUUUAUUCUCCCUACUGACGCUCUUCAUCAAAUCAAACUGAAUUGAUAGUAAUGUGGGAUAAAAGGGAUUGUUUAAUUUUUUUUCCUCCUGAUUAUUUUGAUUUAAACAGGGAGGACAGGAGGAAUGGACAUGGAAUGGCAUAACCAUCAGUCUGCAAGUUCUUAGUAUGGCUCAGCCUGACAAUUCUAGCCAAGCAGAAUUUGUCAUUUUCAGCUGCAUUUCAUUCCUGCUUGUUAGCCAUCCUCUCUAGCAGUGCCUCAAGGGCAAUGUCUGCAUAAUACAAAAGGUGACCAAGCUUUUUAUGUUCAUGAUACCAGAAUUGCAGACCUAAGAUACUGUGUUUUGUUUCUUCUGUAUUUUUGUUUUAAAGAAAGCAUGGAAUGGACAACUUGUGACCUGAGAGUAAAUUGGUUCCUGAGAACUUCCUUAAUUUAUUCCACACUUUCUAGUGACGGAUGGUCAAAUUGUUUAUCUGGAUUGGGUGUUUGCAGAGUGUUUUACAUUCGUUAAGAAAUAACUGAGAAUAGUGGUUGAAUUAUUUUAUUUUUCUUUUAAAUCAUGUUUUAAUGACUUCAUGUUGCAUAUUGAAAUGCAACAAAGUCCUCUAAAAUGAAUAUGAAGAUUUAAAGAAUCCCAUUAUUGUAUUAAAACCAUGGACUGCCUUUCAUUGACGGCGCUGUGGUGACUUUCAGCUCAGUGGCAAUCCAUAAGCUGUAAUAGAACAAUGGAAUACAGGAGUCGCUGUAAUUGUGUGAUGUUUUGUUAAAAAAAAAAAGUUUUGCUCACUAAGCCCUAGAUAUGUUUCAUGGCAAACGAGAGAGCAACCCUUCAGUUUGCAAUUAAAAGAACCGACUGAGCCCCUGCUUGGCCGAUGGCCUUUGUAUGCCCAUCAGCCUUCAGGAUGCGAUGUCUUAGGUAAUCAUGGAUCAUGGAGACAUGUAGGAAUGCUACUAACGCUGAAAAUUGGAACCCAAAGAUCACACUGCCCUAAUGUUCUGCCAGCUGUCCUUGUUGAUUUCUGUCCUCUAUGUGACAUUUCCAUUUUGAAUGGAUAUAUAUUUUUUUUUACUCUUUCUUUCAGUCUCCUCCACAUUCCUUUAAGCAGGAGAACUCUAUAGAACACUGUGUUGUUCGUUAGAAACUGACAGAUGCUAGGAGAACAUGCUGAAAGUGAAAGCAUCUGGGCAAAAUCAUAACCCUUUUUAUAUUGUAACUGUGUAUAACUGAAACCACUUGGAGAAUCACUUUACACAUUGUAUUUUAUGGCUUUUUAUUUUUUUUAAGUAAUUAUUAUUGUACUGUUAAAUAAAGUGUUUAUCUUCA